AUGGUCUGGGACAAAUUCAACCGCUCAAAUGGCGGUGUCACUAUCGACUUCUACCCAAACACACUCGACAAUAUCUUCUGGUCAAAGGAAGGGAUCAUUGCAGUUGCCGGCAGUGAUCGCGUCAGUCUUUUCGUACCACGCCUCAAAGCAAUUGCAUCAGAUGAGAGAAGAUGGGACAAAAUCAACCUAAAGACCAAUUUCUUCACCCUUGACGAUAUUCAACUCCAACUUCCCUUGAGCUGGAAGAAUUUCUCAAUCGGCGAAGAAAUGUCGGAGUCCUUUGUUCAAGCGCUCGACUGGUCACCUCCGGGACUCGGCAAACAUAAGCGAAGCGUCCUAGCUGUUCUAUCUUCCAACCAUGUACUAUCGAUCUGGGAGUGCGUUGGAAAGCCAGAGAUCGCUACAGACUGGGUGAGAGCCUGUGUCGUCAAUCAUGCUCUUCAAGCACAUUACAAAGAAAAGGAUGUCCAAAGUUCGGAAGAGAGCGAGCAUGAUCAUUUCGAAAGAUUGAGAGCUAAGCAACGCAUCAGAGCAUUUGCAUGGAGCCCAGCACCACCAAGUUCUUCGCUGUCAGGCGUUUCUGGUGACUGCACGACAAGAAGCCCAUAUCUAGCCGUUUCCAACGACCGUGGAGAGGUUUUGAUCAUCGAGCUAAAGGCACCCCACGAUAUCUUAGAAUCGGAUACAGCGCGUUGGAGUCUAUCUGUACCGGCUUCGUUUGGCGUCGAUGUUCCUGACACCAAACAAUCGGCUCUGAAUGCUUGCAUGCCUGUGACAUUCAAAUGGAGAAGCCCCUUUGUGGAUCAGUUGGCCUGGAGUCCAUGGGCUCUAGACUCUACCAUCGUGCCGACGUCAAUACUGACCUUCACAUCUCAGUCGUCUUUACAGUGCACGAGUGUGAAGAUCAAUGAUAAAAGAUCCCCCACUGAUGUGACGAUUGGUCCUAUCGUGUCGCUGGUGGACGAGAUACACGAUACUCACGCAGCUGGAUGCAUAAGAUGGGCUCCAAAGUUGAACAGUGCAAAGGAAGCAUUUCUGGUGUAUCCAACACGAAGCUCGUUCUAUUGUCUGCAAGCCCAGCCAGGUCUCAAUCUUGAACUCCAGGUCUCUGCACAAGACAUCAACACUCCCUGGGACGAGAUUGCUGGCAUGACUUAUGUCCAGGACGACAACGAGAACAUCUCCGUGCAGAUUGCAUAUCAUCUCGGCUCAGGAACUGACCGCAUCACCAGUUUAGCCCUGCCUUUCACGGCAAGCUCAGCCCUAGGUUCCACUAACUGGCAGCAUGACUUGCUGAGAGGACAAAGACGCUUCAGCGACGAGUGGAACCUCGCAGGAAAUGUCAUGACUAGAGCUUAUGGCUUAUGUACAUCCCCUUUCGGCGAUUUGGUUGCUGUUAAUGUCAGCUUCCAUCCCAGCGAUGGAGUUGAGUACACAACAAAUUCAGAUGAGGUCUCUUAUUUGAUCACAAGUCAGAGUAAUGACGACCUGCAAUUCGCUCUCGCCGGAUGUCCUUCCAAUGCGUACGAAUUGACUGCCGAGGCUUUACUUUCCAGCCUGCAAAGUCUUGCCAUGCGUGAACCUGAAGCUCUUAGUGACGAGAGUUUUGUCAUCGAGCAAGUUAUGCAAGCACUCGACCUUGCAGACUCGCCCUCAGGCGGCUCCAAUCAAGGACAGAUCACAGAAGACACUCCUGUUGAGCUGAUUGUCCGUCAAGUGAGGCAAAACAUUCUAUUUAAUGGCGAGAGUGUUCGCAGUCGAGUGGCCCAGCUGCUGAAAUAUGUCAGGGCGGACAUACCCAAAACUCCGCCACUCGAUGCCACGAUAGUGCUCAAGAUUGUCACAGAGAUCUCGCGGCUACCACAUUUCGUCGCAGACGCGAGUAUAUUGAGCAAUUCGAUCAUGCAAAUCCAUUGCCUGAUUCUGGCGAAACUGCAAGCACGAGCCGGCAAUACCGACGCCGACACUUCGAAUUCGGAGGAAGAAGAAAUUGAGAGAUGCGAGAUAUGCCACAGCAACAUACCAUUCGAAAGUCUUCGAUGGGCAAAGUGUGUUAACAAUCAUCAGUAUCCUCGCUGUACCCUAACCUUCCUCGCUAUUCAAACACCAGGCACUGCCAAGUCUUGCUCUAUAUGUAAUGCUCAGUACAUUAAUGAGUUCAUGAUGCCCGGCUUCAAAGUCAAAGACAGCAAAGGAACAAGCACCAAUGCAGGACCAGAUGGAGAUGGAAAUGAGGCUAUGCAAGGGACCACAGAUCGAGAACCUUCAGUAUCUCUGGCACGCAUUCUUUUUGCGGCAUGCGAUAGAUGUGUCUGUUGCGGAGGCAAAUUCACCGGCUAA